AUGAAAGCUCUUUUCUAUCUUAUGAUACCGACCGCCAUUGCGGUAUCUACUUUGCGCUACACGCAGUCACCCACCCAUGUUGGCAUAUUCGAUGUUUUGAAGCAAGAAUUUGCAAGCAUCAAUUUCUUUCCCGGUGAUGAUGCUUUUGUCAAAGAGGUCCAAGUUCCCUGGGCAGCUCAAACUUGGGUCGAGCCGUCUUGCAUCUUUGCCCCUGGUAAUGCGAAACAACUAUCUUUCGCUUUCAAGCAAAUUGCAUCUCUGGGAAGUCAGUUCGCAAUGCGAGGUGGUGGCCACAUGCCUGUUGCCAGCUCCCAUAGCAUCUCGAAGGGUGUUCUGAUAUCAAGGACAAAUCUCGACAUGCUCCACCUUUCUAAGGACAAGAGCAUACUCUCCAUCGGCCCCGGAUGGCGAUGGAACGAUGCUUUCCAGUUUCUCAAAGGGACUGGUCGUUCUGUUGUCGGGGCGCGGUCUACCCAUGUGGGAGUGCCCGGUUACCUUCUCGGCGGUGGGAUAUCCUUCUACAGUUAUGAAUAUGGCCUUGGGUCCACGAACGGCAAUGUUAAGUCCUAUGAGUGUGUUUUAGCCGACGGGAAGAUUGUGAGAGCUACUGCGUCAAACAGAUAUUCUGACUUGUUCUGGGCGUUACAAGCUGGCGGCAACUCGCUCUGUCUCGUCACUCGCUUCGAGCUGAAAACGGUACACAGCCCGCUCACAAUGAUUGCCUCACCUUCAUAUAGCUCGAAUGCAUCCAGUGAGUACAUCGAUAGCGUAUUCAACUACGCCAUUAAUGGUCAUGCCGAUCCGAAAGGGGUUGUCUUACCAGUCAUUCAAUACACCUCGGGAGCUUCCGCCCCCUCAUAUUCAGCGACCUUGAUUUACAACGGCAAUAACACCUCACCUCACAUCCUACAAGAUUUUCUUGCAGGGUUAGUUACUCCCGUCAAUCUCAACGCGUCCAACCCACUGUCCCCAAUGUCACUAGGCCAAUACAGUCGCUUGGAGACCCCAGUAUUUGAGAAAGGCGGUCAGACAUACGGACGGAGGCAACGAUUCCACCUCCUGCCAAUCCUUGCCAAAAGAGACGCUAUGCAGCUGGUACAUGACAAAUACUUCGAGGGCGCACGCAGUCAUUUCAAUAAUACGCCGGGUGUGGGUACGGGUCUAGCGUUCAAUCCCAUCACAAAGCACUUUUUAGCCGCGAUAAAUGCGGAGCCAGGAGCUUUGCAGGGCUUCGAUGAGACUCCGGCGCUCUAG